CUAAAAGUGGAUGUCGCUUCGUUAUUUACAUUUCGUGCUACUAAUAUUUUGACACGUAAAUGUGUUCAUAAUGGUAAAAUUAAGAUAAAUAUGUAGUUUAAGUUAUUACUAAUUUUUUAAUAAAUGGCUGCCCCUCCUAUUGAAAUUAAAACUGAAGAUAUUUCAGUUGAAGAAACUUCAGACAAAUCAUCAAUUAUAAAGUUUUGUCAAUGGCUUUCCCAGCUACAUCAGCAUAUGCUGGAUACUUGGACGCCGUUUAUAUUUUCAAGGUGGACAACUACUGCUCUGGUGUUAAUUAUCUACUUGAUAAGAGUUUUUUAUUUAAAGGGGUGGUUCAUUAUAACAUAUGCCUUGGGUAUUUAUCAUCUUAGUUUAUUCAUUGCAUUCCUUUCUCCCAAAAUUGAUCCUGCUCAUGAAGGUUAUGAUGAUGGUCUUGAAUUGCCCAUGACUGUAAAUAAAGAAUUUAAGCCUUUUAUACGCAGACUUCCAGAAUUUAAAUUUUGGUAUUCUGCAACCAGAGCUAUAUUUGUGGCCAUGUUUUGCACAUUUUUUGACUUUUUCAACAUACCUGUAUUUUGGCCAAUUUUGCUUCUGUAUUUCAUUCUUUUAACAUUUGUUACAUUGAAGAGGCAAAUAAUGCAUAUGAUCACAUAUAGAUACUUACCAUGGACACAUGGCAAAGUAACUUACAGGGGAAAAGAAGAUUCAGGCAAAAUAGUCACCACAUGAUCAAAAUACAUUUAUAUGCUUUGUCAUACUUAUUUUAAGAUAGUGUUAUUAAACAUAAAAUAACAUUUGGAUGCUUUAUAAAUUUAUUUAAUUGCUGGAACAAUUUAUCUACAAAAGCAGUUAUUAAAUAAAAACUACUUUUUUUAGUAUUCAAUUUUUUUUUCAUAAAUUUAGUUUAUUUAUUAAAAAAAUGUUUAUUUAGUUUUUAAAGCACAUUACUAUGAGUAUUUUGUCUGAAAAGAAAAAGAGAAAUGGUGCUUGAAUAUUGCUUGUUUUAAAACUAAAACUCAUCUGCAGAUUUAUUUUCUUUUUGUAUACGUAGAUACAUUCUGUAAAAUGCUUUGCAGUUUAAAAGUUUUAUAAAGCUACUUAAGGUAUUUUUAUUGAGCAGUUGCAAUUCAAUUUUUUACCUAAGUACUAUUCAUCUACAGACUUUUAGUUACAUAUGUACAUAAUAUGGGUAUCUAGUGAUUAAAGUAAAAUAAAAACAAUAAAUAAAAGGAAUUUGUAGAUAUUAAUCUACAUUUUUUUAAAAAAAUUGCCUGAGCAAUAUCUCUAUUUAUUAGUUUUGUUUUCGUCUAUUAAUGUUAGGAAAAUUUUUCUUGAAAAGGUAUUUUAAAGCUGUAUGUGUUUUUAAAGUCCCCCCCCCCCCCAAGAGAAAUAAAACAUGAAGUGAAAUAAAUGAUCAAAUUCGAAUACGCUGCAAAUUGCUUAAAAGCUUUUGUCUGCAACUCUUCAAUGACAUCUUGGAACUAAUGAUUAUCAUCUAAAGAAAAGUUUCUGUGGAAUGUCCUACAUGUAGUGCUUUUUUUUUUCUUGCAAAACAAGGCUAACUGGUUUAUUCAAUGUUUAUUUCGUGAGUUCAUCAUGUUUUCUCAGUUGAUUCUAUUUGUAUGCUAUUUAUCCCUCCAUUUUAUUUGAAAGGAAUUACUUCUUUCCGUUGCUGCUUUUUUUUAAACACAACUUUUGCCACAACUUUAAUUAUGAGAAUACUUUAAAAUUAAUAUUUGUUCAUAUUAAAUUAUUGUGAAAAUAUUUUGUAAAAAAUUUGGCUUAGAAGUGGCAGUAUUGUAACUUUAGUUAUUUAAGUAUGACCUUUUUUCCACCAUUGCUAUGAAAUCUUAAUGCAGACAUUUUAUCAGACGAAAUUAAAAAAAAAAGCAAAAUAAAAUAAUGUGAAGCAUUAUAUGUUGUUACUUUGACUUUUAUCAUAAAGAUGUAAUUCUAAAAUAUGUUGGUAAAAUCAUUUUUCUUUUGCAUUUCAUGCUAUUUGCAUGCAGUUUUGUAAUGAUGUUAAUUUGUGUUUAUAAAAUAUGUGAUCAGA